AUGUACUACAGCUCUAUAGAAGAUGACAUUGAACGACUUAUUGAGAAGUAUUUUACAUUGGUAUGCGAUAGUGAUGCUUUUCUGGACCUCCCUGCUGACGACUUGAUCAAAUUGCUCAACAAAAACGAUUUAUACGUCGAAAAUGAGGAUUUCGUGUGUAAAGCCGUCCUGCGCUGGAUAGACCAUGACCAAGACAACAGGAAAGAGUUCAUUUUCAGUAUUUUGGAAUGCAUUCACCUACUGGCUUUGCAACCACCAUUUCUAACCAAAGUAUUGGGACGUCAUGCACUCGUUCGUGAGGAUCAACGAAGCAGGGACUUGGUGGACACUAUCAAAGACUACCACUUGACCCCGGCUGGUGAACGCAUGGCGCAGCUUCCCUCUAAAGCGGAUCGACGUGUUUGCUGGGAUCCCCCAUGCGUAUUCUUAGCUAUAGGGGGUGCGAGAAGCGGAGGUAUAGAAGUUUGCGACAUAGAAGAGUACAACCCAGUUACAAGACGGUGGACUACACUUGAAUCACAAGGGCUUGAACGUAAGGGCUUUGGAGUAGCCGUACACGGCGAGAUGAUAUAUACCUUUGGUGGGAAGUCUGGCUUAUGCGUACUCCAAACUGCUCAGAAAUACAGCUAUUGCUCAGACCAGUGGACCAAUGUAGCGGAAAUGAGUUAUGUUCGAGAAAGCAUGGCAAUUGGCGUCAUCGAAGAAAGGCUCUAUAUGUGUGGAGGAAAAGUAGCCGGUGUAUCCACUUCUCUUGUGGAAGUGUAUGAUCUACUUCUUAACACGUGGCUAACGGGAACAAGAAUGUCAACCCUUCAAACGAGUGCUGCAUCGGCUGUGCUACAAGGAUAUCUUUAUGUGAUUGGUGGAAACAACUCAAGCGGCACUCUUAGUACCGUGCAACGGUUUUCUCCCAAAGAUAACAAAUGGGAAGCAGUCGCUUCACUGCGAUCACCGCGAAGUUAUGCUGCUGCUACGACGUUGAACGGCAAAAUCUAUGUUUGUGGCGGGACAUAUGGUAAUGAAGUUCUGGAUACCGUGGAAUGCUACGACCCAAGUUUGAACGGUUAUUUGAAUCGCGCUAGAAAGGAGUUUGGGACUGCUGUUGUUCCACUUCCCGUUAACAAGCUCAAAUUUUAA